AUGUCACCUGGGAUCCCUCAAUGCCAAUUAUCAAGUGAGGCAGUCGUCCAGCGAAAACACAGUCGACCGUCGUCUCGAAAAAACAGUUCCAUUACACCAAUUUAUUUAUCAUUCAAUGUAUAUAAACCUGUUUAUCUAUCUAUCUAUCUAUCUAUCUAUCUAUCUAUCUAUCUAUCUAUCUAUCUAUCUAUCUAUCUAUCUCAGUAUGUUGAUAGCCUUCUAUUUAUCUAUCAUUCAAUGUAUAUAAACCUGUUCAUCUAUCUAUCUAUCUAUCUAUCUAUCUAUCUAUCUAUCUAUCAAUCUAUCUAUCUAUCUAUCUAUCUAUCUAUCUAUCUAUCUAUCUAUCCGGACUUCUUUAGUUUGGAUUCUAUAUCCUACUACAAAUCUCUCUCUCUCUCUCUCUCUCUCUCUCUCUCUCUCUCUCUCUCUCUCUAUAUUAUAUAUUUAUAUAUGUAA